AUGGACAACCAAGGCGCUUACCCGGAAUCUCCUAUGGAGCAGGACGAGUCCUAUCCGUGCAAGGGCUGUGGAGAGACUCUUGAAGAAGGAAAAGCGUUCGAGCUUGCCGGAAACCGUUGGCACAUCGAUUGUUUUCGAUGCAGCACAUGCAGCACCCUACUUGACUCAGAUGCGCAUCUUCUUCUGUUGGGUGAUGGAUCCCUCAUCUGCAGCAAUUGUACAUACAGCUGCAGCUCUUGUAACAACAAGAUCGAGGAUUUGGCCAUCUUGACGGGAGACCAGGCUUUCUGUGCUCAGUGUUUCCGAUGCCGGAACUGUAAGCAAAAGAUUGAGAACUUGCGUUAUGCGCGCACUUCACAGGGCAUAUUCUGCAUGGAUUGUCAUGAGUCGCUAAUGGCUCGAAGGAGAAAACGGAAAGCCGGAGGCAGUAGUGGCAAGAGACCGGCAGGGCCUAAUGUGAAGCUUGAUAAAUCCUUGCCUUCGUUGCCUCCAAAUCUUGCAGAAGAAAGCCAGUUAAUGGAGGAAGAACCCAGUGAAUAUACAGGCACACCGGAUCCAGGUAAAAUGGCAGAAAUGCCUGAGCUAAAUGACGAAAGGCCACAAAGCUCAACUUCCAACCAGCUAGCUGAUACAGAUAAUCUCAUUCUUCCCUCCAGUACAUACCGCAACAGUCGUCAAUCAAUUGUGCGCAAUACUGAUGCAGAUGGUGGAGAAUUGUUGAUUCCUCUUGCCUUCGACCCCACUGCUGAGGGUAAUUCGUCCCGUGGCCAUUUCCACACACGACAAGACUCUUCCCGUGAUUAUUUCAAUCAACUUCGAUCUGGCGAGUCCUCACACAGAGCAUCACGGGACUUUCGUGAAAUACUGCAAAAUCCCCGGACCUCGUCAGAGGUCCAUUCGCCUCAUAUUGCCUAUCAGGAGAAGGGCUGGGAACGAAGCGACGCCAUCUCGCCUGAGAAACCGCCUGUUUCAAGUGAUUCUUCCAAUUUUGGGAAGGCAAGCUCCACUCGCAGCUCAUCCGAGAUACCCAUCAGCUUCAGGGAAACAACCAACCUCUCUGGGGUUCCAAGCCCUGAGAGUAGCAGAUCGAAAGAAGGCGUCAAUGAGACGAAACGGCACAUACCCAUGGAUAUCAUUACUUCCGCUCCUCCCCGCCCCUCCAGUGAGUUCCGUCGUCCUCACGACCUCCCCUCGAUGGAUUCGACGCGCUCGCGCUCUCAGUCAUCUGGCUUGCCGCAUCUCCCAAAGCGUGGAGAUUCGCUUGAAGGAAAGCAUCACCAAAUUCCGAGAAAAGAGCUUGGAUCAUCGCCUGCAUCAUCGCAAUAUGGAGAUUCUCCCAUGCUGCGUAGUGACACUUACGAACCACCCACUCAACCUACUCCAUUGAACACAUCUCAGCUUGAAUCACACCAAUAUGAUGGCGCCGGUCCAUCCCCAUCGUUAGUACGAUAUAAUAAUGGAGGUGAGUUGUCCAUGGACGAAGAAUUGUCACGCAUCAUCGGCGGCGAUGAUACUGUCGGGCAAAAUAAUGAGUCUUUCUUGCGUCGUGUAUCAAACUCUGUCCGCCAUGGCCGAAGUUUCAGUGAAAAAAGUGUGCGGAUCAGCAAAGAUCUCAAAAAUCCUCGAUCCCCCAGCACUCGAAGCAUCGCCGGAACGGAUCUCGGCAGCCCCAUCUCUGGAUCACAAAGCGAGGAGAUUGCUUGGCUUCGAAAUGAAUUGCGCAAAGAACGUCAGCGAGUUGCAGAACUGGAGUCGGCUGCUCGGACCGCAGCAGAGGUCAAGCAAGUCAACACUGAGCUUUCAGAGAAGCGAUCUACCAUGGUCGUCCUUGAUGCUCAGCGUGAAAUUGUUCUGCGCGAGCUCACAGUCCUUACAGACCAUAUGGAGGCUGAAAAGCGUGGUGGUACCAGUGGGCCAUUGGAUCUCGGUAAACUUUCCAACCAUGUCCUGCGCGAGCUCGCAGAGUCAAUCCAAAAACUGAAAGACUCAUUCGCCCCGCAAAUCGAGGAGCUUAUACAAAAGCGCAACGACUUGUCGGAAGAAGUGGCAAAUAUGGACACUCGGAAGGAAAAGAGCUUCCAGGAAUUCGAGCAACUGUCGUUGAAGAACGCACAACUGGCUGAGUUGAACAAUCAGUUGGUUCACCAGAUUCAAGAACUCUACAAAGCCACGGACGGCCAGCCAAGAUCUAAUGGUCUGGGUAUCUCUCACAACAAACAGCAGUCCACAAAUUCUAUCGAACUCAUGAAACCCGGUCUUGGCGAUCUCCAAGCAUCUAUGUCGACUGCUCAUAUCGGGGAAGAUUCUGAGCCUGCCACGGCUACUAUUGUUCCAGGUCCCCAGGUUGUCAGCAUCCGCAAAGGCCAGCCUCGUAAGUUCAACUGGAAGAAGGGUGGCCAGAAUGUCGCCAAGGGUGUCAAGGGUCUCAAGGGGGCCUUCAUGUCUAGCGAAGGACAGACACAAGAGGGCGGUGCUACUCUGCCUCGUUCUCAGACCCAAGAUCCGAGUCGCCAGGGCUUUGGGUUCUUCGGAAACCAGAGGGGCAAGCAGGGAGGAAAGAUAUCGCAAGCUGACAGCGUACCCGUGUUGGCUGAAAUUGCUGCUGAUGGUCUUUUCGGCGCCGAUCUUGAGGCUCGCAUGGAACACGAAAAGAGUAUCAUUCCAGCCAUCGUGACACGGUGCAUUCAAGAAGUUGAACUGCGAGGCAUGGACAUGGAAGGCAUUUAUCGCAAAUCUGGUGCCUCUUCAGUUAUCCAAGCUAUCCGCGAAGGCUUUGAACGCUCUCCAUUCGAUUAUGAUAUUUCCGACCCUGACCUUGACAUCCAUGCUGUCACGUCCACUUUGAAGCAAUAUUUCCGAAAGCUUCCUAACCCUCUAAUCACUUACGAAGUUUACGAGCUUGUCAUAGAUUCUGCCGAGAUGCAUCCUCUAUCCGCGCGAAUUGAGCUCAUGCAAAAGAGCCUGGGUGAGCUGCCUCGGGUGCACCGUGACGUUCUUGAGUUCCUCGUCUUCCAUCUCAAACGUGUUGUUGAACGACACGAAGAGAACUUGAUGACCAGCCAGAAUAUUGCAGUUGUCUUUGCACCGACAAUCAUGAGGCCUGAAAGCCUCGCGCGUGAGAUGACAGACGUUCAAAAGAAGAAUGAUGUCCUCAAGUUCCUGGUGGAGAACUGCCAAGAAGUUUUCAUGGGCAUGCAGGGCUAG